GAGCCAAUCAGGUGUUGCAGGUGUGAUAAUGAAGCGGACAGGUGAGCAGCUGACCGCAGAAGCAGAGUUUUUACUGCGGGCAGCUGAACACUUCCCACCGGGUUAGUUCCUCCUGCCGUCUGGUAAUGUCUGCGUUUGUCUGGCUUCUCUGGGGGCUGCUGCAUGCUACAUUUGGAGCUCCGGUUCUGCUUCCGGCCUGGUCAGAGGAGAUGGAGCCUGCGAUGAUGAACGGCAUGCCCAGCCUUCCCUUCUACCGCCUGCCGGUCUUCCUCCACGCGCGUUCGCCGCUCAUCCCGCAGCAGCUGUUCCAGCCUGGAGGGUACAGAGGGCCCCCCCCAGCCGGAGUCACCGGACUCCUCAUUCCUCCGCUGCGGCAACAUCAGAGCGUCACGGACAGAGUGGCGCGCGCUGUGGAGGCUCGGUGCGGCGCGGAGCGCGUGUCUGUGCGGGUGGACCGCUACCAGCUGCGGGCCUGGAGAGAACCAUCCCGGUUCCGGAUAGGCGCGUGCCCUCCCAGGGUAGUCACCUCCCGGUUCUUGUACUUUGAGCACGGAUUGCUGGAUUGUGGUGGAAAACUUCAGGUGGUUGGUGGUCAGCUGGUGUAUUCAUAUCUGUUGAAUUACACUCCACCCUCACAAGGCUUUGUCAUCAGAGUUUCUCCAAUUAACCUUCCCAUUUAUUGCUAUUAUAACAGGUUUCAUUAUUCUUACAAAGUUGGUUUUAGGCCACAAGUUCAGCACACAACCUUUCUGAAGAGUAUCAGAAGCAAACUAACGUUUAGCCUCACUGUCUGUAACGCCCAGUGGGAAGCUCUGUCCCCAGGUCACACCUUCUAUUUAGGGGAGCAGGUCUAUCUUUUGGCUCAGACAGGAACUCUGUUAUCUGGCGAGAGGCUUUAUGUGGAUUCAUGCCAAGCUACAAGUUCAGAACACUCGAGCAGCUCACCUAAAGUGGAUAUCAUUACUAAUUAUGGCUGCAUGACCGACAGCAGGAGAGAAGACAGCAAUUCUCAGUUCCUGUCAGGAGGGGGCAGUGUGGUGAAGUUCUCAGUGGAUGCCUUUCUGUUCCGAGGAGUCUCACAAAUUCAGUACCUCCACUGCACAGUGUCUGUUGGUCUGACCCCUUCAAACAUCGCAAAGUCCUGCAACUUCAACAAGGAUGCUGGCAGGUGGGAAGAAGUGACGGCUUCAUCCUCAUUGUGUUCCUGCUGUGAUUCUGUGUGCACGGACACAGACAUGUCUGUGAAGAGCCAUGUCCGAAGUUCAGGUUGGCAUGUUGAACCAAACCAGGAGAAGAUGACGGCAAGACUGAGAUCUUUCAAAGCUGAAGAGGAACAAGAAUAUGUGGAUCAGAAUUUGAACCUGGGUGGGGAUCAAAAGGAUGGCCUGACUUUUCCACAGAAUGGAAGUGAUCUGAAAGACCAAGAGUCUGUUGGCAGAGAAGAAUGGAAGCUGGAGGAAGUGUCGGCAAAAGCAAAAGAGGAGCAAACUGAUGAAAAAGUCACAAUCAUGAGAAAUGAAGGCAGUGAGCUGCUAACCAUGUCUGAUGAAGCUACCCCAAAAAAUGAAUCCAGUCAGGUUGGAGAAGAGGGGCCAGUUUUAAGAAGUGUUGUUACUAGUUUAUCCCAUAAAAGCUCAAAAGUUUCAACUUAUGGUUCUGAUACUAGAAAAAAUGACAGUUUUGGUAUCAAGUUUAACCAGAGCGCUCAGGGUUCUUCUGAAGAUCUUUCUAAUGGUGUAAAUUCCAACAAUACACUUUGUCCUCACAGUGACAGUGCUGGUUGUGAGGCUGUUCAUAGUGAGUCUCUGGAAGAAAAGGGUAGUUAUAAUGGGGGACAAGGCACUUUGUAUAGUGCCGUUGGUACUGAAGGGCCCACCCUCCUUAAUGGUAAUAGUUCUAGUGCGUCAGAGAAUGGUACAUCUGAUUUGUUCUUGGGACCAAAACGGGUAAUGUGUGUUAAUAUAGCAGAAAACAUCCAAACACCAGUUCAAGCAAGACACUCUGUUGGCAGAGCAGGACUGGGUGAAGAUACCAACCCACAGCUCGGAGGGCUGCAGACAGGGAAAGCUUAUCCACAAUGGCUCGAAAACGUGGUUUGCAAUGAUGGGGAGUCAGAUCUUACUGGAUCCACAGACCAAGAGCAUCCUCUGAGCCUAUUAACGGGUGAAGGGAAUUUAAAUGAAGAUUCUGGUACCAGAACUACAUAUCCUAUUUUUAGCCAUCUUGCUGAUAGAUCAGAGGAAAUUCAUGAAAAGAAUCCCAGGCACUCUGCUAUGAUAACGGCCACCGCGUCCUUUAAGGACUCUAAAGGCAGUCCUUUGGCAGACGGUCGCUGGGCUGAGGUUGUGCCUGACUGGGUUAUGCAACAUUUGGCUUUUCUCAUGAAUAAGAGAGCCCAGGUUGGAAAAGAUUAAAGCCAAAGACAUGUUCACCAAUCACCUCAGUGCCACAAAGCUUUUAGUAAUUACAGCGAUUAAGAAGUUUUUGAGGAAAGGUUUGGCUGUCAUUUUAUUGUAGUUAUCUGAGUGGAUAAAAGUUGGUUUAAGUAUUGAUGCUCUGCCUUCCUAGUCAUUCCAGUCCACACUUUAUGAUAUUGCAUUUAAUCUCACUUUAAUUACUUUUUUCCGUUUGGAGCCUGAAUUUGAAAAUUCCCUAACAUAUUUAUAUAGUAAAAUGUGGUAGCAAGAAAACUUUCUAUGAACAAGAUCAACAGAGUAA